AUGCCCAAGUAUCAAUACCCAGGCCUCGGCCUUGACCUCCGGUUCCAUGACCAGAAUAAAGGAAGGGAAGAGUGGUAUCCUGUGGGAAUUCACACCAAUUGCUGGGGCUCCGAAUCUGAAAUGCUCCUCGUUCGAGAAGUGGCCAUGAUGAUCGUCAUGGACCGAUUAACCGACAAGCCAGACUGGCACAUCAAGGUCUUUGACGACACCAUCACUGAGAAGUGGAUCGAGGAGGGCCUCGCAUUACCAGUUCGGCCAUUGUAUAACGAAAUCGCCAGAGAUGGGAAACCUAUCGAAGAUGAUGCUUUUUAUGCUGUGGUGCUUGACACUAUUCUCGAUAGGGGAUGUCUCGAAUACUGUAUCAAAGAGCUGCGCGCGAAAGCUGAAUUCUUCUUAAAAUCAGACCUGAUUCCUACGCUGGAUGCUUCGUCUACCGUGGUCAAGUCUGACAGCUUGAUCGACAACUCGCUGCACGACUCCCUUCGCGCUGCAUUUGUCAAGCUCAUAGAGGAGCAAAAGCACAACCCCGACUGGCACCCCCUCACGAAGGGCAAGGUGCUGGAUCUUGUUCACCCUUCCCUCUACCCUCUCGUCUACGGCAGAACACGAGUCUUUGAAGAUGAGGUGGUUGGCGUUGAGGAUGCUAUUGAUAAAUGGGCAGGCAAGGGAGAAGUUAUCCCUGAACAGGGACCUGAUGAGCAGGACCCUGAAGAAUGGCGGCAUUGGUGGGAAACAGACAGAACAUCCAACACCGACACUGGUGGUAGCCACGUCAGUAGCUACUUUUGGUCAACCAAGUACCAGUGGCUGCCUUCCAACGUUGAGCUUCGAGAAGAUGGGAGUGUCAAGUUCACGAGCUACAUUAACAACCUGCACCCUGUCAAGCACCGGGACGUAUACGGAACUAUUGAGAAGCUUGUCGAAAAGGCCCUUCCAGCAUGGGACUUUUGCCUCAAGCUUCAUCUUCGUCAUGGCGGUCGAUCAUUCAAAGGGGCUGGGAGAACUGAGCCUCGCUUCCCGCUCUCAGAAGAUCCCGACGAUGAUAAUGAGGACAAUUGGUCGCCUCCUUUCAGGGACAUCCCGACUCCUCCACCGCGUCCCAAGCCUGAAGAAGCUGAAUCAGAUUCAGACGAUCCUGAUGAAUACAUUGAAGAAAGGGACGAAAAUGGUAAAAGCUGGUCCGGAACUCGCAGAGAGAUCGCCUGGCAGAAGGUCCGGAAACCCGCUCAGCCAGAAGCUCCUGACUUUGAGGCAUGGAAGUACGGGAUCCAGCCUGGCGAUUCCUUACGUGAGCGAUUCGAUGACCUGCAGAUCAUUGUCAAGAUGGCCUCCAUCGAGCUCACCCCUCAGAAGCCUAAAUUCCCCGCAGGUGGCUGGCACGUUGAGGGCCUGAUGAACGAGCAUAUUGUCGCUACAGCUCUGUACUACCUGGACUCUGAGAACGUCACGCCCAGCUUCCUUCAGUUCCGCAUGCAAACUUCGGCCUAUCAGGAAGAGAACUUUGAAGUUGGCCAAGACCAGUUCAGGUGGUUGGAGCAAGUUUACGGCACCAAGCUCCGGGGCCGCAACGGUGGCGCUGACCACGCGUGCCUCCAGAAUUAUGGCAGUGUCGAGACCAAGCAGGGCAGACUGCUCGCCUUUCCCAACGUCUUCCACCACCGAGUCUCGCCCUUUGAACUCAAGGACAAGACAAAGCCUGGCCACCGCCGAUUCAUCGCUCUGUGGCUUGUGGAUCCUCUCACGCGCGUCAUCAACACCGGAAACGUGCCACCUCAGCAGCAGAGUUGGUGGAUGGACAGCGCAUUCGGCAAUCUUGGCAGCGACAACGCCGGAAAAGUACCACGAACGAUUGCGGAGAUUGUCCUUGAUAAGACGCCCAGCCACCCGGGGCUGGAGGAGGUCGUCAAGAGGGGGGAGCCGCUUCCGGCGGAGCUGAUGGAAAUGGUUCGGGAUAAUGUUGGAGAUCCGGUGCCUAUGUCUCUGCAGGAGGCCAAGGAGCAUCGGUUGAGGCUCAUGGAGGCUCGGAGUGCCUUUCAGAAAGUGGCGCGUAAUGAGUGGCAAAAUGUUGGGUAUAGUUUCUGUGAGCAUUGA